AUGUUAUUUUUGUUGCAAAUAAUCCUGUGUUCAAGACAAUUAUUGGAACAUAAUUUAGUAUUGAAUUUAAGAAUAAAUACAUCAGAUACUUCAAGAACAGUUGAAAAUGAUGGAUUAUGUAAAAAUGUAGAUAUACAACAAAAUAGCCAAGAAUUGACAAAAGCAGAAGAUAAAAAUUUAUCUGUAGAUCAAUCUGAUUCUAAUUUAUUAAAUGAUUUUAAAGAUUUCGCAGGCAAAGAUUUAAAUCGCAGACAUAAAAAUGUUGAUUGUGAUUUGUGUAGUUUUCCUUCUUUAAUAACUGCAGAGAACAAUCUGAUGACUCCCGCUUUUACAAGAAAUACAGUUACUAAACAUAUAUUUAAAAAGCAAUAUUGUACGCUAGAACAGUCAAGAAAUGAUACAGCACGUCUCAAAAUUUCAAACAGUAUUGGAAAUGAUACAGCAGACCAUUCAUACAUUAAUAUGUUUUGGAAUGAUAAUACUUAUAUUUUAUCACGUAAAACUUAA